AUGCGCGCCUCUACCCUCACCUUCCUCGCCACUGCGGCCUCCGCAACCCAGAUCCCCUUCUUCCUCCCCGGCAUGAACGCCGAAGGCGCAGGUGUCGCCCCCGACGCCUCCAUCAUGGCCGCCGACUUCAGCACUACCGUCAUGGCGCUUGCGUGUCCCACCAACGCUGCAGAGGACGAGUGCGGCUGGGGCAACAAGGACAUCGUGGUCUCCGUCGUUGGGGACAACGUGUACGCGCUUGCCUACCCCGCAGCAGGCGUGCGCUUCGAUUGCACGUCCAAGGGUGCGAUGACGUGCACGGCUGCCAUCGCGCAGGAGUUUACCGACGCGGGGAUGGAUGGGUUUACCGCGGGGAAUGAUGGCACCGCGACGGGCACCACGGUGUAUCCCAGCAACAAGGUGUUUUUCGAGACGGCGAGGGUGACGGCUGGAGAGGAGAAGCUGACCGAGGGUGCUGGCGCUGUGGAGACGAGCGCGAGUGUGUCGGCGAAGCAGACCGGGCCAAAGGAAACGGGCGCGAGCUCGACGCUGAAGACAACGGGCAGUGUUGCGUCGACGGGUGCUGCGCCAAGCGCGACGGGCGCGAACGCGACGGGCACGACGACGGGGAGCGCGGCGCCGGUGGAGAACACGGGUGCGGCGGCGAGGUUUGGGGCGGCGUUCGCUGCGGUUGCGGGGGCGGCGGCGGUGUAUGUGUUGUAG